AUGGCCUUAAACGGGUUUAUAUAUAGCUGUACAAGUGUUGUAAACAUGAUGAGGAAGUUUACCGGGAAAACAGAGUUGGUGAGACCCGCGAUAACCAGAUUUGCCACCGCUUACAUCACUCUUUGUUCAAUACAAGUUCAGAAGGCAAACCUUAGAAAGAUGUUUACUUCUGAUGAAUGGAGGAAGUGUAAAUACUCAAAAGAGCAUGGCGGUAAAAGAGUCGCAUCCAUUGUUUUGAUGCCUACCUUUUGGAGUACAAUUGUGUAUAUCCUUAAGAUGAAGGGUCCUCUCGUAAAAGUGCUUAGGUUAGUUGAUGGUGAAAAAAGGCCGGCCAUGGGCUAUGUAUAUGAGGCCAUGGAUAGGGCAAAAGAAGCAAUUGCAAACUCCUUUAAUAAUGUGGAGGACAAGUACAAAGAUGUGUUUGCAAUUAUUGACAAAAUGUGGGAAUGCCAACUCCAUCAACCAUUACACGCGGUCGGGUGUUAUUUGAAUCCUCAGUUAUUCUACUCAAAUCCCCAAAUUCAAGAAGAUAAGGAGGUGAUGAUCGGGUUGCUUAAAUGCAUUGAGAGAUUAGUGCCGAGUGUUGUUGAUCAAGGUAAAAUAGAGGACCAAUUGUCACUUUAUAGGAACGCCGAAGGUAUAUUUGGGAUGGCAACAUGCAUACGUCAAAGAGAAGCAAAGUCACCAGCCGAGUGGUGGGCUUCUUUUGGCAAUGAUGCACCGGAAUUAAAAAAGUUUGCCAUCAAAGUCCUCAGCCUUACGUGUAGUGCAAGUCUUCAUAACAAAAGAAGAAACCGACUUGCGCAAACUCAGCUCAAUAAUUUAGUCUAUGUGAAAUAUAAUCGAGCGUUAAAGCGACGUUAUAAUCAUCGUGAUGUCAUUGAUCCAAUCUCUUUGGAUGACAUUGAUGAAAGUAACGAAUGA